CCUGAUUCAUCAUCACUUCAAUUAAAGAAUUAAUUAGCCCAACCUCAAAACCAAAAACCAUGACAACACUUCAGCCCAGGGCCCCCUACACAGAUGAAGAGCUCCGGACCCUUUAUCCAUCCGGGCUGGACCUGCAGCUCGUGCAGGUCCUCAUGAGGCACGGCGAGCGCACGCCCGUCUCGUCCCGUUUCCAAAAUGCAGGCCUCAAGCCCUUUUGGCCCUACUGCCGAGUCGCGAAGGAGCUGAGGUCCGUCAUCCUUGAGCCGGGCAACAGUGGCACACUCUCAACCCUUGAGUGGAGCCGGCGCAUCGAGACGUUUGGGCACGACGACGAGCCCCGCGUCGCCGCCGGUCCGCGCGGCGAGGUCGACGCCGUCUGCGACAUGGGCAUGCUGACGGACGAGGGCCGGGCGACGACGUAUGCGCUCGGCCAGCGGCUUCGGAGGCUUUACGUAGAGCAGCUGGGGUUCCUGCCCGCGACGGCCGCGGGCGGGGUCGACGACAUGUACCUGCGGUCAACGCCGAUCCCCCGCGCGCUCGAGUCGCUGCAGCAGGCCUUUUCGGCACUGUACCCGCCGGCCACCAGGCUGCCCGCGGCCGACGGGUCGGCCUUUCGCCCGCCCACCAUCGUCACGCGCACGCCCGGUGACGAGACCCUGUACCCCAACGACGCCGGCUGCCGGCGUCUGGCCGCGCUGUCGCGCGCCUUUGCCCAGCGGACGGCGGACCGCUGGAACGACUCCGCCGACAUGGAGUACCUCAACCGGCUGUGGGCCAAGUGGAUGCCCGCGGACAGUCCCCGCGUAGCCGUGGACUCGCGCCCGCGUUUGUCGGGCAUCAUGGACACGGUAAACUCCACACUGGGUCAUGGGCCAGAGACCAGACUGCCCCGCGAAUUCUACGACAAGAAGGCCAUCGCCAUCACUGAAAAGAUUGGCGUUGAGGAGUGGUUCAGCGGGUACAAGGAGUCGCGUGAGUACCGUGCCCUGGGCAUCGGCAGUCUCAUGGGGGACAUAGUCGGAAGGAUGAUCUCCAGUGUCGAGGGGCCGGCCGCCGAAGGGACCGAACGGAAAAACGAGAGCCGCAAUUAUGCUUCCGUUAAGUUCGGCCUCAGCGGCUGCCACGACACCACCCUCGCCGGGAUCCUUGCCAGCUUGGGUGCCUUUGAAACGGACAAGUGGCCCCCAUACACUAGCCAUGUGGCUAUUGAGAUGUUCCGCGACCCGACUAGGGCAACUGCCACAGCUGUCUUGCCUACAAAUCAAGGAUGGUGGAGCGCACUUAGCUCCAAGGUCCGUAAGGAAUCCGGAGGUAUUGGGCGAAGGACGAUGGACGAGCUAUCUCCAAGUGAAACAGAGAGGCUUGAUGGUUACUACGUACGCGUACGAUACAAUGAUGAGCCCGUGACCAUUCCUGGUUGCAAAAUCCCAGGUAAUCACCUCUAUGGCAACGAGAACUUCUGUACUCUGAGAGCUUUCAAGUCCAUAGUAGACAAGUACACCCCGCGAAACUGGAAGGAGGACUGCCGCCGGAGUACGACUGACCCGGUGAUUCCCGCGAAACCAGAACCCGCAGGAUUUUAAGCUUGCGAGGCUCCUGUACCCUCGAAAACGUGUAGUGCCGUCCAGACUCAUGUGUAGAACCCCUCGAGAUACCACGGUCCUGAUGGGCCAGACCACCUCAACGUCCCCCUGAAUCUGCCAAAAUAGACACCCAUAUUAAUCCACUACAAGACACUCAACGGAAAAAUAAAAGCAACCCGCUCUGCACUUCCGGUGGAUGAGCACAACUUGGCAAGAUGUUGCCUGUAAUCAUGUCCGCAUCCAUCGCUGAAUAACCUCGCGCUUUCAAGGGUACUACUGCACUCUCAACGACGCAUGACCUCCCGAGUAGAUCGGCAACCCGGUAGCUGGUAACAAAACCUGAGAUCUGCCUCCGGUUGUGUAGCAGUGCCCGCUUCACAAACAGAUCGAAGUUCAGGGAUAGUCCGCUAGAACUGUGCCAUGUUGAAUGGUUCACUUGUUCACCAAAGCUGCGUGAACUUGGCGUAUAGUGACUAAUCUGGGUUCGAUCACACAAAAGCUUCGAAGUCGGUGAGUUCUAUUACCAAUGCUCUCGUCCUUUUUCAAGAGGGCUUCUUUCCUGGAACGGCAAAACCCCACGAGCCCUGCACCUGAGGCAAGCCGGAAGCAUUCGAUGAGAAAUUGGUCGACUGAAAGAAUGGAGAGUCGGUCAAGCCGGCCGGUUGGUUGUAGGGUUGUCGGACCGGAGUCUGAGCCGGGAUGGCCGAGGUGGGAACGCGUGCGGGCUGUCUUUUUUGAUUGAAUUGCCAGCUGGCCUGCUUGGAAAUUUCCUCCAUUCUCUCCUUGUUAUAAGCUUCACCAAUGCUAGAGUUGCGAUUCGGAAGCGAGCCAGCAGCAUAGCGCUCGGCAGCUACCUGGGCUUGCGCGUCUGCCGUGUCCGAAGCCCUGGGAGCACUUGGAAGCAUGGGGCUCUGCAGACGCUCGGUCUUCCUGGGUGCGUGGCUGUAGUGGGCGGCCUGGCCGAAAGCUGUGGUCGAUUCAACCUCAGGCGACGCCGUCGUACUGUAGCCAAAGCCUGAUCGGUUUGUGGGUGUCCACAUAUCCCAUGGAAGCGUGGGGAAAGCCCUGCCAGAAGCGGAUGUUGGUGUUUUGACUGGUCUCUGGCUGUUGAGUGCCCCAAAGACAUCGUUGGCGGUGGUCGAAUGCAUGCCAUAAGAGAAAGUCAGGUCUUCAAUGCCUUUCUGCUGCGGAGAGUGUACUUCGGGAGGAGCCAGGAAAUCAUUCAGUCUACCAAGCAUCUCUUCGUCCACAUCGAACUCAGUCUCAUUCGAUUUGGUGAUCGCAACGUUAGGUGUUCCGAUCGGUGCCUGUGGCGGCUUUGGCAGCUGUGGCUGCGGCUGCUGAUGCGCACCACUUGUGCUAGGGAGUUUGUUGGGUGAUGGGGAUACUUGAGCACUUUGUCUAUGUGGUGUGAUCGGCUCGCUUUGACCAGCGCUGCUCGAAUUGUUAUUCAUACCGGAGAUGAUAUCCGAGCCCGAGGCCGCCUGGUAACUGAGGACCGUGAUGGUUCGCGGACCCUUUUGCUUCCGGGCAAUCGUCAAAGGGUAGUUCGGAUCGGUUCCAAUGAAGUAGCCACAGUUGACAACGUCGUUGAUCCGUGAAAGGGUCUCACCAUUGUUGUCAGCCUUGUCAAAAGAGCAAUCCUCAACCCUGGGUUUUGCGGUGCCAUCCGGGAAGAAAUGCAUUGGGCGACAAACAAAAGGGGCCUUCUCGUUCUCCAGAGGCUGAAAACCCAGUGUCUCGAUGUCUUCGAACAACAUGUACUUGGCGGUGGAACCAUCGUUCUGGUCGCCUCGGAAAAUAUCAAUCAAGAGUGAGAUGGUUUCGGCCAUCGACUGGUGCAUCUCGGUCACGUGAGAGAGGUGGUUUGCGUAACGCACGACAUCCCCGCGAUACUUGCAAAGCCAAACCAUGUAGACGCGCAGCAGAGGCAAAGCUGACUGCAGAACUGUCAGAAACUUGUCGGUAGCUUUGGCUGCCACAGGAGUCGAUGUCUCGCAUGGUGCCGGCGCUGGCGUGACAGACUGCAACGCUUCUUGAAUCUGCUUUGCCAGGACCCGGUUGACAGCAACGAUCAUGCGAAUGUUGAAGCCGAGAAUGAACUGGCAGGAUUGCGAGGCUUCUUCAGACCAUUUCUCUACAGUAGAUGUUAGUUGGCCAUCAUCAGGACCCUGACAACCGUAUGACCUUACCUUCAGUUCUUUGCCAGGCAAAGUCGUAGGCAGCGAUGCUAGUGAGAACCAGCGUAAGGAGGAUGCCGACGGUAUCCUUCGUCAUAAGUAGCAUCUGGAUACGGUGAAGGACCUCCCGUUCCAGUUCUUUCUGCUGAGGAACAACCUUGCCUGCAUAGUAGAUAGCAUGCAGGCGCACGAACCACACAGACAAGGUGAUUUGAGGAUCCAGGGACGCAUUGCGACCUCUCAUUGGACUCCCUGGGCUCAGUUUCUGAAACUCGAUCUCCAGGUUCUUGGCAGCCAUUGGAUGUGGUUCCUGCACGACAAGUGCUCGAUGGAGGUGAUAAACGAUGGAAAGGUCUUGGUCCUUAACACCGCGGUAGACAACGGCCAUCUGGUGAUAACCAAGCCCAGACGACGGUAGCAGAUCAUUGGCGAGGCGGAGGUACAGCAGCGGUAUGUCGGUUUUCUGCGGCUUCCGGUCGACUUCUAGACGGUAGCGAGAGAGGUCGCCCAGAUGAACCAGAAUCUGAUGGCAAGCCCGAACAAUCUGGGACUCCAGUCCGGCGUUCGAUUCGCGAUCCAUCUUGUCCAACGUGACGUCGAAUCUCACAGAUUUAACAACUCGAUCGAGGUUGGGGAUUUGGUACUUGGCCGACAGCCGCUGGAGAUAGCCUUUGUAGAACUUCUGCGACGUACGGAGAAAGUCACCUUGCAUCUUUAGGACCUGUCGGUGGAGUAUGGCGACCUUGGGCUCUGCCUUGGGGUUUAGCCGAGAGCGAACACGACGGAACUCGCCGUUGAUGGUCGAAUGCAUAUUCCAUAAGUGCUUGUCGACGUUCUGCUCGGUAGCGUAGGCAAAAUCCUCAAAGACAGUACCGACGCAACCAAGUCGAAAGCUACAUUGAUGUCAGAGAGUCCGUCAUGAACCAAGAGAGCGGCAAAGCCUGACGAGGCUAACUCGAGUAGGGAGGUACUCACGUGCACAGGAUCUCGUCCAGCGCCCGAAGGUACGAAUCCUCAUUGCCCUUGCCUUCGUUCUGAUGAAGCUGCUCCAGUCUCUUCUGAAGGGUGCGCCGGCAUUUUUGAGCACUCCUAGAAAAUGUGUCAGUUACUUUCAAGAUCUCGGAAUACAUGCUUGGCCUGCUUACUUCCAAAUGUCAGCCGCGCUGAAGCCCACGGGCUCCACCGUCCCCGAUUUGACAGUCGCCGCCAUGUUUACCAAUAUUUUGCCUAUGGCGUUUCCAGAUCCGC